AUGUGGAUUUUGGGAAGUACUGGUUUAAAGCUGGAUUUUAUUAGCACCCGUCUAACAUACAUAAAUCAAACAACAGGCGCAGUCCAAAACGAUCAUUAUGAUGAACUAGCUGACUAUAUUCGAUCCAAUAUUCAAUAUCGUCGUCCAUUUUACCAUCAUUCGGAACAAUUAAAACAACGUUUGUACGAAUUAAUUAAAAUGUCGACAAAUUUUACCCAUAUUGGACAAGAAAUAUUUGAAUAUUUAUAUUAUAGUGAGUAUUAA